GGAAAUGGAAGAAAAUAAUAAUUUCCAACAAAAUUUAAAUUAUCCCAUUUCUAAACAAAAUAUAAAGGGAAAUGAAAAUAAAAAAUUAAUAAUUAAAAAGAAUUUUCCAAUAAACUGUCGUGUUUGUGGAGGUAUAGCUAGUGGAUAUAUUUAUUAUGGGGUUAUGUGUUGUGAUGGCUGUAAACAUUUUUUUCGUCGUUGUAUUGCAACAAAGGAUGAAAUUAAAUGUAAAUCUGAAGGAAAAUGUGAAAUAAUGAAUGUUCCAAACAAGUGCAAAAGUUGCCGUUUCGAUAAAUGUAUUUUAAAAGGAAUGAAUGUAGAAAAAUUGAAAGGUCCUCACAAUAAAUCUAUAUGGGAUGUUCGUUCAUUAAUUGAACAAAGAAUUGGUGAAUUAGCUUUAAAUGGAAAAUAUGUAGAAAGAAAAAUUGAAAAUUAUGUUAAUGUAAAUUUAAAUGCUGUAUUUUCUGUUAUGCAAAAUAAUUUAAUCGAAAAUCAAGACAACCAAAUUAUUGACUAUCUUUUAUUAAUAGAACAAAAUGUUCAAAGAAUCAGAAUUUCACCUACAAAAGUUAUCGACAAGCAUUAUAAUUAUUCUUGUAAAACAUUAAAUGAUUUAAUUAAUCAACAAGAAAAUUUAAUUUCGAAAAGUUGUGAAUAUUUAGAUGAAGAAAUUAAAAUGCCCGGUACAGAUUAUUUUGAAUUUCUUAACAAAAAUGGACUUUUCGCUAUCCAUCCACACUCCUUAAUUGAGGAUCUUAUGUUAAUUGUUAAUAUGGCUAAAAUAAUGCCUUUCUUUAAUAAAUUGGAAAUGUCUGAUAUUGUUACUCAACUUAAAAAUAUUUCUUGGGCCAUUAUAGUUUUAGCAACUGCAUAUUAUUCCAGUACUAAAUUGUCAGAUGCUGUUAUAACAACAGAAAGAUUACCUAUGUUUGCAGCUUUUAGUGGAGAUUAUUAUAAAGGAAAUUUAACAAUAAAUAAUUUAUGCCAGAAAAUAUUUUUAACAAUUAUGGAACGUUUCAAUAGGUUAAUGAUAAAUGAAGAGGAGUACGUUCUUCUCCGUGCAAUAAUUUUUUCACAUUUUGUCACAAAUGGUUUAACACUUAAUGGCCAAAAAAUAAUGUUGGAUGAGGCAGAGAAAUAUUCAAAAAUAUUAAUGAAAUUAUUACAAAAACGACAUGGCCAACUAUCAGGCGUAAAAAGAUAUACAGAAUUGCUUCAAUUAAUCGAAAUAUGCUUCAGAACUGGAUAUAAUAUAAGCCUUUUAUUUAAUUAUUUGACUAAUGUUUACGAACCCGGCCGUUUCGAAAAGGUGGUUCCAGAGGCACUUGUUGAAUUGCUUCAGUUAAAAUGAAUUGAUUCAAAAAUGGAACUUGAAGAAACUUGAUUCUUUUAAUUUUGUAUUUAUCUGUUUUUAUUUUCAUAAAACUUGACAUAUAAGAAUGACAUUGGCAUUGGGAAUAUUUUUAGGAUUUUAAUCCAAAAUAUAAUUUUUUUGUAAUUUUUUGCAAUAACUAAAAGUAAAGGUUUUUUUCUAUCAAGCAUUUCCAAAGAAUGUGCAUUUACAGUACUUACAAGUAAUUAAUCUAAUCUCGACACUCAACUGUCCUGAUCAGGGGUGUCCGCAAGUGCAAAAAAUUUUCCGCAGCUACAAUC